GCUGGUUUGCCAUCCGCCAAGAAAACCCAAGAAGAUAAAGAGGAAGAAAUAGAAAACGAAGAACAACAACAACACGAAAACAACAAAGAAAUGCUUUCGGAAAUAGUAGUGUCGUUGUUUGCGUUUUCACAUCUAAGUUAAAUCCAAUUACUCUAUCCGUUCAUACAACUUAAAGCUUUUUACCAUUCAAUUCCGGUUCAGGGGAUGAUUACCUUUUGAACAGUGACCCGCUUUCUUCUUCAGUCAAUCGAAAGUUUGGCUCCUUAUGUAUGUUUGUGAUUAGCUGGAUGGAUGAUAACAGAGGGAAGUCAUGGCUAUAGCGCACGCCGCCACAGAGUACGUGUUCUCGGAUUUCGUGCUAAAGGAGCCCGCGUCCGAGAACAAGUAUAAAGGCAUCAGGUUAGAGCUGGCUCUGGAUAAGAUGGUCACCUGUAUCGCGGUGGGUCUUCCCCUGCUUCUCAUCUCUCUAGCCUUCGCUCAGGAAGUGUCUGUCGGUACUCAGAUUAGUUGUUUCCCCCCUACAAAGUUCUCGUGGCGUCAGGCUGGUUAUGUGGAUUCAUACUGCUGGGCGGCGGUGCAAACGCAGGACACGGGAGGCCUGCCACUGUGGCUGCACAAGUUUUUUCCUUAUAUCCUGUUGCUGGUGGCGAUAUCAGUUUACCUGCCAGCGUUGUUCUGGCGGUUCACAGGAGCCCCUGUGCUUUCUUCGGAUCUGACCUUUAUAAUGGAAGAACUGGACCGUUCCUACAACAGAGCCAUUAAACUGGCCAAAGGCCUUCACGCUGCAGGAAAGCAGGACUCGCAGUCAGCCCGUGUGGGCUCAUACAGCUCCGUGAUAGACGUUACCGAGAGCUGCUUUAAAUAUCCUCUGGUGGAACAAUACUUGAGGACCAAACGCUUCUCUCGAGGAUUACUGAUCCGAUACCUCCUCUGCCGCGCCAUCACUUUCUUGGCCCUCAUGUUAGCCUGCAUCUACCUUUGCUAUUACAUCCGUCUGUCCAUCACAGAUGAGUUUCAAUGUGACAUUCGAUCCGGCGUGAUGAUCAACGACUCCUCGGUCCCUCCGGCCAUGCAGUGCAAGCUGGUUGCCGUGGGCAUCUUUCAGCUCCUGAGCUACAUAAAUCUGUGUGUGUAUUUGCUGCUGUUGCCCUUGUGCUUGUACGCCAUGUUGGUUCCAUUCAGGAGGACCAUGGGGUUCUUGAAGCCUUACGAGAUGUUGCCCACAUUAGGGGUUAUGCAGUUUGGACAGGCGACCUGGGAUGAUCUUGCGUUAUACCUGCUGUUUCUGGAAGAGAACCUCAGUGAGCUGAAGAGUUAUAAGUGCCUGAAGGUGUUAGAGCUGUUAAAAGAAGGGGGAGACGAGUCUUUUGACACCAUGCUGCUGUUGCAGACGCUGGGACAGGUAAAAACAGAUGUGGUGGACGGCAGAUUGCAAGAAAAGGACAGGAAAAUCUCCAGCACCAACAAUGGUGACACAGAGAUGAAAGAGAUUUCUCCACUGCUGCAGGGUGACUGCUUGAAAAAAGAUGAAGAUGAGAAGGUUGUGCGCCAGAGGGUGAUCUGAAUUGCCCAUUUACAGUCUGUGGAGAUGGCAUCCAUCAUACUGGGGCUCAUCACUUCUGGAAAGCAUGGAGGAACACAAUUUGGGCUAAAGGAGGGAAACUCAGGAAGUCUAGUCUUUUCAUAAAUGCAUAACUAAGAUCCACUAAGAUUGCAGGCAAAUUCUAUUUUGGUUCUUGUUGUGGGGCUGAUGUGCUAACUGUUUUAUAUUCAUUUAGUUUUACACUUUCGAUUUUAUAGUACCAAUUGCAGUAAUGGUAAUCUGGUGGAACAGUUAUUCUGUUAUUAUUGCUGUAACAACAAUUUAGGCUAGGCUGAUCUGGUGAAAUUUAUAUACACUGCCCAGCCAAAAAAAAUAGUCACUGUUUGGCUUUUAAAUGGGCAAAUGCUUAAGAGUCUUUGAUUGGAUCAUUAUUACAGUGAGUAUUAUCUUGCAUUGUCAAUACAAGAUCAUGACAAAAAAAAAAAACUAUUGCUCACAUUUUUGGUCCAGAUCUUGAAUGGACAAUGCAAGAGUCCAGCAAUCUGUAAAGUCUCCUCCAGCACAUCCCAAAAACUUUCAAUGAAUUUAAGGUCUGGACACUCAACCAUUCUUUUACACUUUGAGCUUGAUGAAUCUUAAAUUUGACAUCCUGGAAUAUGGCAAUGAUGUGUCUUCUUGUUACCAAACAUGUAGCAUGCUAGAAACAUAAUCACCGCAAUAAUGAUCCAAUCAUAGACUCUUAAGCAUGUUCCUUUUUAAAUCUAAACAGCUGCUUUUUCUUCUUCUUCUUCUUUUGGGCCAGGCAGUGCAUUUCGUGCACAGUGCGUACAUCGUCACCCAUAUUUGCAACUCAAAAUAAUCAGUUGAAGCAGUCUGAGCACUGGCUCUUUCUUUCAGUCUAAGGUAAUGGGGAAAAAAUAAAUAAACUGAAAGAAAAUGUUAAUCUACAGAGCUUCUCUUUGAAAUAUGAUUUAUGGAAAGAGAUAUAAAUUGAAAUAUUAGACCAUUGAUCAUCUGCAGUUUCUGCCAAAGAUUUAUAACUGACAUUUUGUUAGCCUCUCUGAAUUCAUUUUGUUUUGUUUUUUUAAAUACAAGAUUUAUAUUAUCUCUGCUCUGGAAAUAAAGUUGAUCGAUUUUUACACUA